AUGCCACAGGCGUAUCCGCGGAGUGCCCGUGAGAGACCGCCCGCUCGAUCGGGGAGACGCGGCAUAGCCACUAACUUAGGUGCGGGACCUUCCACCCGAACGGCGAACGUCUUGACUACAUAUCCGCAAGGCUCACGCAAGAGCAGUAUCUCCUCAGCGUCUUGGACACCGACCGAUCUCGGUGCAUAUAUCUUAGAAACUCGCGAAUGUUUCAGAGAUGCGGAAGUGCUCUCCGGCUUCAUCAAGCAGCACAAAUUCACGUUGCCGGGUCUACUUCAAUUAGAGAAGCGAGACAUCAAGGAAGUGGCGAACCACCAGACAAGUCUCGUACAGGACGUACGUCGUCUGAUAGAAAUAUUUCGGCCUAAGCUGCACAGCCCAGUGCAAUCCCGCCACCCUCGUCUCACUGAUGCCUUUCCACAUCUGCCGAUUCCGACACAACCACACCCUCGGUCUUCGGAUAUCCCGAACACGAGCUCCGAGGAGAAUGUCUCCGAUACGUCGUCUUUCAUUUUCUCGGACGAUGAGAAGAAUCUGAAGAGUCCAGGACCAAUGCCCACAGCUGGUCAGGACUCCCCAGUCGGAGAUGGAGUUCAGCAAGUCAGUGAAAGGAGCCCUGCGGCUGCUCGCGUAUACCUACAGUCUGCAAAUGCUGACGGUGACGGAGCCUCCAAGCCAGAAAUCCGUCGGGGAGCUGACCCAGAAAUACCUGCAGUGGGACCCGCGCGCCCAGUUGCACCAACAAACCCUCUCGUCUCUUGCGAUAAAGCCGCUGCAGCCGAGUCACAACCGCAUGAGCACAUCGACGAUCGUUCUUCUCAAGCGCCCACCCAUGCUUCGACGCAAGAGAGCCAUGAGCACGUUGCUGCGCUUCCCACUGUCUCGGCUUCCUCUGAUCCAGGACGUCCACCUGCGUGGACGAGCAAGGAGAACCUUGACACUAUCUCUGCGCAAUCCGGCCCCUCGGUCUCCUCUCAAGUGGGCAAAGCUUGGCCCCCAGCGCAAGAGAAGACCAAUGGCAAUGCGGUCGUGCCUGCCAGCGAUGCGGCAGCAGCAGCCACUCCGACGACGAGCGAUAGUACGAAUGCAGCAAACAGGUCCACUUCGCGUCCCGCUGUUGAGACUCCGCAUCGUGCUCCGGCGGAAUCACGCGAGAUCACAGGUUCGGGCGAGAGAGCGGGAAAUGGCAGCGCGAACGUGUCCAGCAGAGCGGCUGUAGGGGGACCGGCUUCGCGAACUGUUCGGCGCCGUGGACCUGUGAACACGGAACAGAGGCACGCUGGUGAAACGACCCAAUCCGCACCCACUUCAUCGCCUGCCGCCACAGUCGAGAGUGAUCCAACGACUGCGGAGCAGAAAGACACCGAUACGACCCAGUCCGCCCCCACUCCUACCGCAGGAACAACCGUACACGAAUUGGCGAGCGCGGAGCAGGCGGGCACUGAUGCACCUAUUCCGUCUCCUGUUUAUUCUCCCACACCAUGCGGAAGUGCGUCUACAGCCACGGAGCAGAGAGGCAUAUCCGGUGCUGCAGAUGCACAAACUGUUAACGAGUCUGCUGGGGCCUCGUCGGUGAUGCAGGAUCAAGCUGACUUUAUUCGCUGCGCAACGGAGCUAAUUGUAGGAAAGUUGUCGCCCCAUGAAGGAGUCGGUUCAGUGUCUUUGGAUAAGAAACAAGGUUGUGAUGCCUUGAGCUCUCAACAAGUGACCAGGCCCACUGUUCAGGCGAAUCCUGUCACAGGUGCUGUGCAUCCUGAAAAUGCAGAUUCACAGUCCUCGUCGAACAUGGUAUCCAUCAGUGAUUCGGAUGCCCAAACAUCUUCCGCUGAGCCGAUGGAGGAUUCUUCAUCAUCGACACUGGUGAAGGAGGCUCACGAAUCGCAUUUACAUGCUACAACUCAAACCGCGACCCAGGACGGUAUGCUCGCUCAGGAAGUAGAUAUGUCUGCUGAUCAGACGAGCAUUACCACAGACCGCGCCAGUUCUCAGACUCCCGAUCCAAAGUCGCUCGCGUCGUCGGACAUAAAGACUACAAAGGCUAGCAACGAUACGACAGUGGAAAUUUCUUCCACGACAAUGACCGGCGAACCUUCGGAGCAGCCGAACGCCUAUAUAUCCCUAGGAUCGGGUGCGCAGCAGGGAGCGCCGCCUGUUCAGGUGGAAUCCACAAAGCCUUUGUUUAAGGAAGGUAGCCAAGAAGUGAAUUCACCUGCCGGUCGGGCGGGUUCAGUAAACGUUGAGCGGAGCACGGAACUACAGUCAUCAGGGAUAACUAGUGAUUCGACUCUCGGAGCUUCUACCAAGGAGCCAACAAGAGAUUCUUCGGCGGCCUGGGAGACCCAAUUAUCUCGUAAAUCUAACGCUCAGCCAAUUCCGACAUCGCCGACCCAAGCAAUAAUUUCGCGUCAGGACACGGCGCAUGAUGCAGUGCAGUCUCAACAAGCAGACAUGGAUCGUAGUCGCCGGGGCGACUCGGUUGCCAAACCACCAGCAGAGACACCCGUCGCCGAACACGGCACGUCUUCUCAGGUGGCAGAGCCGGAGCAGGAUAGCGUGAACGUGCAAGCGAACACGUCUCCUAGUCAGACCAGCACAAUUGCGGACGCUGCGAGCUCUCCAAGCAUUAAGCUCCAUCCUUCGGCCACGCAAGGAGCGGCUAGUCACAUUUCUACCACGGGGGAGACUGACACCUCUCGGCUACAGCCGGAGGGGAACGAAUCUCGAACGCCGGACACCCAACCGACCGCCCCACAGGAAGAACUGCCAGCUCAGCCAGCCAAAUUGCUCAACGCUGAUUCUUCUGACAAGCAGGUGGAUGACGAUAGCGCGUGCCCUCCAUACGAGGGUUCAUCUACUGGUCAGACGGUCACAGCCACAGACUCGUCUAGUAACCAUCCUUUCCUUUGGCAGUUCUCUUCGGAAGGGAACGCAACGACGGCUCCCAGCAUCGUGGUACAUCCUACUGAUUUGAUAGGACGUGGGGCAGCUUUGCAGCCAGACGCGGAGAAAGCGGAACCACAGACAACUACUGAAGAGGAAAUUCCACAUGUUCAGGCGUCUGUCUUCGAGUCCUCGAAGGGGCAAGCGAACGACAACGAGCGGUCUCAACGGGGCAAUGGUCCUGACAGCCAGAUAAGUGCUGAGGCCAGGGCUAUGGAGUCUCGGAAUAUCGAUCCACGAUCUUCAGAAGGGGACUCAACAGCGACGAGGGAUACACAUAAUUCUUCGUUGUCGAUGGAGAUAACAGCUUCCCGAGAACCCGAGACUGAACACGUCGCAACUCAAAUACUUCCUGCGCAGACAAACAUCAAGCGGUCGGAUGGGCAAGUGGAUCGCGAUGGCGCCGGGCCUUUACAAGAAAUGAAUAUCGGUAGUCAGACCGCGAACGCGGCUAUCGAUACCAUGAAUUCUGUAGAGAUUAUUGAUGUGUCUUCGACAGGAGAAGGGACUAGCGGUGUCCCCAUUGUCGUCAAUCCAUCAGAAGCAUCUGUCACCGACCCGGAAGCACAGCGCUCUCAUCUGGCUGAUUUAGACAUGCAGACAGAGCAUUAUAGUGUAAUCCCUCAACAAGUGGACACGGUUAUCAGUCAGGAAAUUACGAUUACAGAUGUUGGAAGCUCCCGCGGCGCCGAUCCUUACUCUUCUCUGGCAACAGAAGGUACUCCAAAUGACGGUACUAAUACUGCCCGAGAUUCAACCAUGGGAACACCUCAAAGAGAAGCUACGCCUCCUAGCCUCGAUAGACAGGCAGAUGGCGACAACAGCGAGGGCUGUCACGUCGACAUUGGCCUUCCGCGGGCCACGACUACGGAGGGCGAUGCUCCAGAUAAUGUUAAUGCUAUUUCGCCAGCAACUCCGAUCCCAGCAGUUUGUGAAACUCGUCGGGAGAUGAACGUCGAGGAGCGUUCGCAAGGUUCCGCUACCAACAGAGGCAAUCAAGUAUCCGAUGGCGAUGCUAUUACCGGGACCACUGGUGCUAUUGAACCAGCAGGUGAUAUGUCCGUGACAUCUCAAUUGCUUGCAGUUGCUCCGAUUCCAUCGUCUUCUCGAAGAAUGGUAAACAAGCUCAGACAUGUUCCUUCACUUCUUUUGGAAAGAGUGGCACAUUUAUCUUUCUCCCAUCCUUUCUCACGGCGAAUUCCGGCGGUCGCCAGUACCUCACAGGGUGAAGACGAAUAUGACGACGAUAGCCUUGUUGAUCAAUAUGUCACAAUCCAAGGCGAAGAUGCUGAGUCGGCAUCGCUCCGAUCAGACGAAGGUGAAGUAGAUGGUCUUGAAGACGAGUACCAGGUUCCCAUCGCCGAUCAUGAACGACAUCCAGAUGACACUCCGAGCCGCCGCACUAGCGAUUCUCCCUCGAUCGCAAGCGACGUCAGCUCUGGAGUUGCCAUAUUGGAUGUUGAUCAUGAUGAAGAGGAAUUCGAAAUUUCCGAUACGGAGGAGCAGGGGUUGGAGAUCAUAUCCAUCGAAGGAGGAUUAGAGAGUCCUUUUACUGGGUCCAGCAAUUUGGAUACAAUUGCUGGGCACGAAGGUGGUGAGGGGUACGGACGUACCACUCAGGAGGCCGACGUGUUGGUUGCUGCAGUGCAUCACGAUAAUAGUGAUGAUGCAGAACCCAACACGGAGCUGCCGAUAUUGGAGCAGGCAGGUGAGGGGAAUCAUCCUCGAUGGGAGGAGAUACCGAAGGGUGUGUUCUUCCUUCCAGCGCCCGACCCUACGGGAAGCUUUCUUAAAGAACCUGAGCUGUCACCGCUCCAGGUAGUAUCCUCUCUCACACAUUUUGAACGAGCAGGAUCAUCGACCAUGGACUCUACUCCUAUUCUGAUUGCGGGAACAAGUACCAGCAGUCCCGUCCAGAGUACCUCCUUCGAUAACCGGACUCCGUACUCACCAAUGUCCAGUCGGCGCGAGGUUGUCGACAUUCAGCCUCACAGCCGAGUGCGAAAGCAGCUGGCAACACCGCUGGUGCUGCACGAGCGCAUUUUCAACGAUGCGUCCAUGCAAAUCAAAUCGCCUACUGAAGUACGAUCUCUUGUCAGGCCACGACCUCCGGGAGUACCGGUCAUCCUGACCCCACAAGGACUGUCUGGUUCUCUGUUGACGGCUAUUGCAUCGUCAUCUUCCUAUGGUUUCGCAGGACUGCCAUCGCCAAGUCCUGCAACUGACGCAAAUCCUGACCUGUGGCAAUUGUAG